GAUUGAACUUAUGACAAUCUCCUUUAUCUUAAUUGAAAUUUAGUAUCGUUUAUGUUUAGACGUGAUGAAGCAAUUGUUUCUUUACGUUCUUUUUCUAUCAACAAACGCACAGAAAAACAGAAAGCCCCUCCCAUUCCCGCACCUCACAGACUUCAAGCUGGAAGACAUCGAUGAACCAGUUUUUACAUUCGAGGGUAUAAACUAUGAUGAGCUGCCUCCGAACCUGAAGAAGAAGUAUACUGACUGCGUCGCAGAUUAUAUCAGAUGUUCUAGACAAUUGGUAUAUCACAAUCCCCUAUGUGGUUACGACACAUACAGAUGGAAGUAUCACUACUUUCAUAGUUACUGCGAACUAGAGUAUCAGAACUGCGAGGACAAACACAUAAAAGAUAGAAGAUAUCACGUCAUGGGAGAAGGAUUUAAGUGCGAACUGCAAAGACGUUUUGGUGAUGAUAAUGUGGUUAUUGAUAGAUUGUUUCUGAAAUAAACCAGUUUUUAUUUA